AUGUGGUUGAGCACGAUUAGACGUGUCACUCAGACGAACAACUCCUGCUCUCCACAUCAACCACGACGUAAAAUGCUCGUCUGCCUCACCAUCUGCAUCGUCUGCGUCGUGGACAUCUGCCGAGGUGGUGGCGUCGUUGGUGUUCUUGCGCCUCCACUCGUCACGACGAUGGACGCCAAGUCCGCCAACCCCUCGCACACGAAGACAAGUCGCACUCCAGCACGUCAGUGGUACUUCGAUGCCUUUGAAAGGGGCUACCAAACCAGAACAAAGGUGGCCUCUGAACAGGAGUUCGAAUUAACGAACUACCUUUUCAACGAACAAGGCUACAAUCCACUAAUUCGACCUGUGGCGAACAUUUCAGACGCUGUCCAGGUCAAUCUUGGCCUCUGCAUGAUUCAGCUGAUACACAUUGAUGAACGUCGCCAAGUCAUGAAGAGCAAUGUUUGGCUACCGAUGGUGUGGAAGGAUUAUCAGUUGAAAUGGGAUCCGGCAAAGUACGGAGGUUUAAGUGUGGUGCGAGUGCCGCACAAUCGUGUCUGGAAACCGGAUAUAGUCCUUUUCAACAAUGCUGACGGGAAUUAUGAGGUGGUCUGGCAGCCGAACCUCCUUGUUCACCACGACGGUUCCAUUCUGUGGAUGCCACCGGCCGUGUACGAGAGUUCUUGUGCCAUCGAUGUGGAAUACUUUCCCUUCGACGAACAGGAAUGCGAAAUGAAGUUCGGUAGCUGGGCAUUCGACGCAACAAGGAUUUCCAUGGGUUUUUACUCCAAGUUGGAUUUUGUGGACCUCUCCGACUACUGGAAGAAUGGAGCCUGGGACCUUGUGGAUGUGCCAGGUCGCAUCGUCAACACGACCAGCGGCGGCGUCCAGAACACGUACAUUGUGUACACAAUCAAACUGCGCCGGAAAACGCUCUUCUACACCGUCAACUUGAUAGCACCGUGUGUUAUGAUCUCCCUUCUAAGCAUCUGCGUGUUCUACUUGCCCUCAGAUGCCGGCGAAAAGGUCACGCUAGCCAUCAGCAUUGUCGUGGCCCUGGUGGUCUUCCUCAUCCUCGUCAGCAAGAUCCUUCCACCGACAUCCACGACGGUGCCACUCAUAUCGCGAUACCUGAUGUUCACCUUCAUCUUCGACGUAUUCGCCGUCUUCAUGGCUGUCGCCGUGGUCAAUUGGAAUUAUCGAUCGCCAAGAACACACAGAAUGUCGCCGUGGACACGUCGACUAUUCCUUGAAAUCUUGCCUCGGCUGCUCUACAUGAACAAGCUCCAGAAGCUCGACGACACAGUUGACGUGGACGAUGUACUUCAGCCGAGGGUAGUUGUAAACUGCCACACAUGCGAGAACGCCAACGACGCCUUUAUCCAUGAACUGCCAGAGAGCGCCUCAAUCGAGUUCACCUCCUCCAUUUCCAGCAAUUCGGCUAGUUCUUACCAAAGCGAAAACUCGCCCUGCGUGGAGGAUCGUGUCUCAGGGGACGCAGUUGUGACACCCGGCAGGAUAAAUACUUACGAGAACCUGAAAACGUCGGCGUUCGAGCUUUCUGAGGGCGACAAUAGCAGCAUCUACUCGGGCAUUUCAACAGCGAGUGGGCAAGACGAGAUCUACGUGAACAGACACGUCGUAUCGAACGGACCAGUGGAGAUCCGUCAACUAGACAGCUCACCCCGUCGAAUCGGCAGACGUGCUAGAUAUCGGGGAGAAUGCGGUGACAAAUGUCGUUGGAAGGAAAGCAGCUUGAUGGAUUUUAACGUUGGCAAUUCUUCCACCACUGCGUCUUCCACACAAAGUAGUCAUUAUCGACCUCCUGAGGGUGCAGGUUUCACUCUACGUGAGGGUCUACAGGCCGUGGAUUAUAUCACAAGUCGACUGGACGAACGGAGGAAAGAUCGAUUGCUAGUCCAAGAGUGGAAGUACGCCGCCUCCGUCAUUGACCGAAUGGUUCUGGUCACAUUCACCGUGGUGACCGUCUUCGUCACAUUCACUCUCCUCACAAAUGCUCCUUCCCUGCUUUCCACAAUCGACCAAGACGCUGUCAUCCGCAAGUACUCCGUGUUUAAACGCGACUAA